ACGAUAGAGGGGCCAUCUUAUUUUUGCGUCAGUUUGAUCGCCGACAGUCCCUGAACGCAGCAGCAGCAGCGGCUCGUGGAGUUGACUAUAGACUAGAGUAGUAGUUAGCAAUGUCUACUUCUAGUUAGUGUACUACUACUGGAGCACUACUAACAACUAGCUGCUCAUCAACGGCUGCUUGGGACCAAAAGGAGAACAUUUCUCGGCUAGCUCUAAGAAGACCCCUCUCCUCAUAGCACCCCUCAGCCAGUGAGUCAUGGUGGACUACUACCACGUCUUAGGAGUACACAAAAAUGCAACACCAGCUGACAUCAAGAAAGCCUACAGAAAGCUGGCACUAAAGUGGCAUCCAGACAAGAACCCAGAAAACAAAGAGGAAGCAGAGAAAAGGUUCAAAGAGCUGUCCGAGGCUUACGAAGUGCUCUCAGAUGAAAGCAAGAGGAACAUAUACGAUCGAUAUGGAAAACAAGGUCUGACUGCAGGAGGAGGAGGAGGAGGAGGACAACACAAUCACUUUGGCAGCUCCAGCUUCACAUUCCGAAAUCCAGAGGACGUAUUCAGGGAAUUCUUUGGUGGGAGAGAUCCCUUUGCUGAUUUCUUUGCCAGUGACCCCCUCGGCGACUUCAUCGGGCAUGGCCGCCACAGGGGGGCGAGCAGAAGCCGGAUGGGAGGCAGGUUCUUUGAUUUCGGGAGCUUCCCUUUCGAAUCAGCUUUUAACUCUUCCGGCGACAUGGGUGGCGGCGGCUUCACGUCCUUCACCUCCACCUUUGGCGGCGGCGGCGGCGGAAUGUCCAACUUUAAGUCAGUGUCCACCUCCACCAAGUUUGUCAACGGCAGAAAGAUCACCACCAAACGGACGGUGGAGAACGGUCAGGAGCGCGUGGAAGUGGAGGAGGACGGCCAGCUGAAGUCGCUAACGGUUAACGACGUCAGCGUUGACGACGAAGAGCGACGUCGGCGCCGACACAAUCUACUUCCUGGUGUGAGCGGGCACCAGCGAUGCCUGAGGAACUCCGCCCACAACCCUCCGGAUGAGGAAGAGGAGGCAGAGGAAGAGUAUGGCCUAACGAGAGGAGGUUACAUGGACACCAAGAGGAAGAAGGGUUACUUCAAGGAGGCGGAGUCUAAAAGGAGAAGAGCCCCCCCUCGAUUCUUCUACCCCACAUUUGGAGGACUUGCUUCUUUUUUUUAAUAAUCCAGCGUUGUCAGCGUUGGUGGCUUUAUGUGAUUUCUUUUUGGAAACAUUCUGUGCUAAAUGUAACGUGGACACACAGUGGACAUGUCCAGUCAUUUAUUUGGUAUUUUAUUUAGUGGCUUUAGCGGGAAGGACAAUGAAGAAAGGACGUACCCUCAAACUAAUGUUUUUUUUCAUGAAAUAAAUGCUGUGAUUAUUCUUCACAGGGGAAUAUUAUUGCCUUCUACAAACAGUGCUCGUGUGCACGUUUAGUUUUUGCGUCACCAACUACGCACGCACACGUGAACACGUGACGUAGUAUCAGGAUUGACCUGUGAGAGGCAGCAGUGUGUCACAGACUGCUAUGCUAGUUAACAUGUUAGCAUGUUAGCUUAUGUGCUAAGUCAAGCUAGGUGGGUGGUCUACUGUGGUAAAGCUUGUAGGACACUUGUAAUAAACGACGUUUAAUAAACACU